AUGGGGACUCCUGACCCUGGGCGCACUUAUGCAGCCCUCGGACACCUGCAGCAAUCAAUGGCGGAUUGGGUCGCCAGAACUCAGGACAGUCGUCGAGAGCGGAUGGCGAAAUUACCCGAAGGACAGUAUGUCUUAUGCCAUUGGAAAGAUGGACUUUAUUAUCUUGGGAAGAUUAAGAGAGUGAGUGACGCUAAGCAGAGUUGCCUGGUGACCUUUGAAGAUAAUUCCAAAUAUUGGGUGCUUUGGAAGGACAUCCAGCAUGCUGGGGUCCCCACUGAACAGCCCGAAUGUAAUAUUUGCCUGGAGAAGACAUCGGAGCCCCUGAAUGAGAUCUUGAUCUGUGGGAAGUGUGGAGUUGGUGAGCACAUUCUCCAGACCUUCCUCUGUCCUGGUUUUGGGUGGGCCUGGGUCUAUCCAUACGAUCGUUUCCUCGCAGUGGGCAAGGAGCGGAUGGUCGACAUUGUGCACCUGGCCAUCUACAACCUGGACGUGCAACGCAAGAAGAAAUAUUUUGACUUUGAGGAAAUCUUGGCCUUCGUCAAUCACCGCUGGGACCAUUUUCAGCUUGGAAAGUUGACUGCAACCCCUGUGGCAGAACGAGGUCCUCUCCUUCUAGAUGCACUGAACAGUUACAAAAGCAGGUUUCUGUGCGGGAAGGAAAUCAAGAAAAAGAAGUGCAUUUUCCGCCUGCGGGCACGAGUUCCUCCGAAUCCUCCCAGCAAGAUUCUCCCGGAUAAGUUUGCGGGACGGAGCGAGACGAAGAAGAGGGGGAAAGUCAAAUCCUCCCACAAAAGCAGUUUGAUCCCACACCAAUCCCAGCACGAACGGAGAAGGAAAAGCCCCAAAUUUCUCUUGGAGGAUGCUAUCCCAAGUAGCGAUUUUGCCUCGGCCUGGAGCACCAACCAUCACCUGGCCUGCAUCUUUGAUUUCUCGCUGGAUGAAAUCCAGAGUCUCAAAAGUGCAAGUUCGAGCCACGGGUUCUUCUCCGAUGUAGACUCCACGGAUGCAGCCAGCACAUCGGGCUCGGCCUCCACAGGUUUCUCCUUCGAAUCGAGGACAAACGUCGGAAGCCGGAAGCGCAAACUCUCCGCUAAAAUGUACGCGCCGCUUGACGCCAGACAGAAAUCCUCCGAGCGUCUCUGCAGGCUUGUCCCCGGCUCUUCCUUGGAUGGCAGCGACCGUGCCAGCAGUCCGGACCGCCCGGACAACGCCAUCGACCGCCAGACUUUGGAGAGCUUGAGCGAAGACGAUUUAUCCCUCUCCCACCUCCAGUCGUCCAUCAGCAACUACUUUGGCGCUACUGGCCGUUUCAUUUGCGGAGAGAAAUACCAAGUGUUGGCUCGGAGGAUCAGCCCGGAGGGAAAAGUGGAGUAUCUCGUGGAGUGGGAGGGCAGCACACCCUACUGAUGUGCGUUGGGAGCCCGCCGUGUGAAGCCAUAAAGAGAGGAACAGGGUGGGAAUGCAAUCCAGGGAAAACAGUUUGCCC